AUGCCUGGGGGUCCCGGAGCCCUCGGAACCCCGCCUGCCACCAUCUUUCUCCUCUUGAUCUCCGCUGCUGGCCUGGGCCCCAGGUGCCAGGCCCUGUCGGUGAAGUCGGGCCCAACAUCGGUGACAGUGAGCGUGGGGGACGAGGCCCGCCUCCCGUGCGAACACAGUGGCGGCAAAGGUAACCUCAACAUCACCUGGUUUCGCGUCCUCCAAGGCAACUCCUCGUGGCCCCCCGUAAAGCUGCACUGGAGCCAGGGCCCCAACAACGAGCUGAUCAUCCAGCAAGUGAACAAAAGCCACAGGGGCAUGUAUAUGUGUGAAGUCAAGGAGGGCCAGCAGACCCAGCACUCCUGCGGGACCUACCUCCGUGUGCUUGAGCCGCUCCCCAGGCCCUUCCUGGACAUGGGGGAGGGCACCAAGAACAACAUCAUCACAGCUGAGGGGAUCAUCCUACUGAUCUGCGCCGUGGUGCCUGGGACGCUGCUGCUCUUCAGGAAACGAUGGCAGAACAUGAAAUUCGGGGCAGAUGUCCAGGAUGAUUACGAAGACGAAAAUCUUUACGAGGGCCUUAACCUCGAUGACUGCUCCAUGUAUGAGGACAUAUCCCGAGGCCUCCAGGGCACCUACCAGGAUGUGGGCAGCCUGCACAUCGGAGACGUUCAGCUGGAGAAGCCGUGA